AUGAAGUUGCGUGCAUCCUUGGCAAAAGAAAAGUCCUUGCAAAAAGAAACUGCAGGACCUCAAGAAAUCACCAGAACCGAAUUGCCGACAUACCACUAUACCACGACGCACUAUACAACACGUUACAAUCCAAAUAAUACUUCCAAUACAUAUCUGGAAAUGGAGAGAGCGCCUUUGAGAUCGUCGCAGUCGUUGCCGCAUCAAAACACCACAAGAUCGCACAGUAUUUCGCACGACAUGAUAUCCAAAGAUCAGAGCUACUCCAAGCGCAAAGUCACGAAAACCUCCAAAAACGAUAGAUUUGUCCGAAAUCGAGAAUAUACCCGAUAAAUACAUUGCGCACAUACGCAAAGGCAGUUGCGAUUCAUCGACGUCCAUCAAGACCGUCGACUCUAGUCGAAGUAGUAACAUCGAAAACUUCCGAAACGAAGACCACAUAAGCAUCAGCCACUCCAAAAUACCUUCGGAAAAAGCCAGACGUGUCCUUUUAGGCACAGAAAUCGACAGGAAUGCUGUUAAUUCCGAACCGGUUUGGCACAAACGCGAACAGUAUUCUUCAGAACCGUCUAGGAAUUGGAAGUCUGAAGACUCGCACAGUAGUUCUUUAGAAUCCCAGACAAGUUUGAAUUCUAAUUUUAAUCAACCAGUGCGUCGGUUAGAUUCUGGGCCACUGUUACCAGUGC